GCUCCAAAAACGUUUUGAUGAGCAGAUUGAUUUCACGGUUCUUCUGUAAUUUUGAAUUCCUCAAAAAACUUCACUUGCCCGUUGGGCAAGUUAAUAACAUAAUUCACUAGCCUGAUACAGGGUUGUCACUAAGAUUUCAAGUUGCCAGGUAAAAACAUAACAAGUAGGCGGGGAAUCAAACGGCUAGGGAUUUCUUUUGGUUCUAUUUUUCUUCUAUUUUCCAAUAGAAGUAGCCAGGGGCCACUCUCUUAGUAGCCGGGGAAAAUCCCCGGCCCCCGGCUCUUAAUGACAACCCUGCCAAUAGCAAAAUCCACUAGCCCCGGGCUAUCAGACACUAAUUUCUUUGCACGCUGCCCGGUAACACAAACUCUGAAAGGAAAUGAAAAACAGUUUGAGUUAUCUGAGUACGAGUUUUUGGGGUUCCACUGUAUUUACAAAGAUUCUUUCUUCUUUAAAUCUUUUUGGUUAAUAAUACGUUUUGGCAUUUACAUACAUUGUAACAGCAUUAUGAAUGAUAUUAUGACAAAGUGACCAGCUUAUGGUUGCUCAUAAAAGUUUUCAACAAUAAUUUUAGGCACAUCAAACUUUCUUGUAUGUUUCUACUUGACUAUGAUUCAAAAUUGUUACUGUGAUGCUUGUAGGAGGACAUAGACACAACUGCAAAAUCAAUUUUCUUUUCUUUUUUGAACUUGCCAGCAGUCCCUAGCUAUAUAACAUUUCAUCUCCAGGAAAAUUUGCCCAUAUUUGGUGAAUAUUUUCCUUUUUAUUUCUUUAUUUCUUUCACUAUUUUAUUGUUGUGGCUGCGUAACUAGUUAAUGGUACAAAACAAAUUGCCAAUCAGUGGAUGGCCACAAACCUCAUUUUUGAGUUGCAUGAAAAUUCAGAAAUUUGAAUAAUAAAUUAUUAAUGGUUGUCAUAACAGUCAAACCAAGAAAACCGCAAACACCAGAAAUAUUUCUGGAAUGUUAUUGUGUCUGCAAGAAGAAAGCCAAUCAGGCAUGAGAAAACUGAACCGCAAGCAAGAAUGUUAAUUACUUUGUGGUUUUGUGGCUAGUUCGCAUCUCCCAAUCUUUGCUGUGAUUGGUUACAACAAAAUAAAAAUUCCUGAGAUAUUUGAAGUGUUCAGACUAUAAACUGUCCCAUAAAAGAAAAAAUGUACUUACUUUGUUUUCGUUGUCACUUUUUAGAUAAAGAAAUUUGAAUCAGAUCCAUCAGUUUUUAUAUUUAUGCUGAGCACCAGAGCUGGUGGGCUUGGACUUAACUUGGCUGUAGCUGAUACUGCAAUUAUCUAUGACAGUGAUUGGGUGAGUUGCCAGCUUCAAACAAUAAUUGUUUGAAUUAAAUGACUAUAUUUUGGAAAUGUGCACAUAGGCACUGAUUGUGAAGUGUGAUGACAAGAUGUUAUUAGUUUGUAACAUGAAGCUGUGAAUGUUUAUGCUCAUGUUAUGGUUAUGUUAAAGGUUUUGGUUGAACCCUUUGCAAUCAAGUCAGAUGAAAUGAUAAUGAUUGUAUGUAGUAAGAUUUACAUGCCAGGGGCAGGGCUGAGCUCUAGGAGAACCUGGUGGCGCCUGUUAUCGGGUGACUAGAAAAUCUCAGUUUUUUCAUACAAAUCACAUGCUUGGCACCCUAGAUUUUACAGGUUUGGAGCACUGGGCUCCCCUCAAUUUUCUUUAGAGCACAGCCUUGAAUGCUCUCAUUUUUCAGUGUUCUGUUUAUUUUUCGCUGGUCUGGACUUAGAUUUACAGAGACAUUUACUUUGGCAAAAAGUCUCUCCUGAAAUGCAUUAACAUUCUGGGCCCGGUUGUUUGAAGGCCGAUUAGUGCUUAACCUGGGGUUAAAUUUAACACUCGUUUCUUUUUCUUGUGCUCAAAAACAUUUUCUUGGAUAAUUUUCUCUGUUAUUUUUAGAGCUUCCAAUCAUCAACCUGUUGACAAAAAGAAUUAACACUGAAAUGCUUUUUACGCUUUUAAAUCUGAAUUCAAAUCUCGCACCAACCCUGGGUUAUCUUAACCCAGCUUUGAACAAUUCGGUCCUGGAUGUUAAACAGAAAUGAGACGUAAUCUCUAACUAUUAAGCUUGUAGAAAAUGUACAGUUUGUAGGGUUAAUCAGUAAUUAAAGCUACAAGCACCCACGCAAUUCCACACGAAGACGGUCCUAAAGGGUGUACGAUACCUUAAGCCUUUGAUGGCACUGUACUAAAAUAAGAUUUGAUUUUUAGAAUCCACAGGUAGACUUGCAAGCUCAAGAUCGUUGUCACAGGAUAGGUCAAACUAAGCCAGUUGUUGUGUAUCGCUUUGUCACUGCAAACACUGUGGAUCAAAAGAUUGUUGAACGAGCAUCCACCAAGAGGAAACUUGAAAAGAUGAUCAUUCACAAAGGUCGGUAGAGUACUUGAUGGGAAGAGUGAUUUGCUACUGAAAUGUUAAUUAAUUUUUUGACUUGUUGUCAGGCUCUAUUACUAACUUUAUGGGAUCAUUAUUGUGUCUGGAAACUGCCCACCCACCCUCCCCAAAGUCAACAUUUUGCCCAAAGUGUGAAGUAAUUGUUAAUCUUCGCUUGAGGGAAGGGUAGGUGGGCAGUUUCCCAGAAACGUAUAAUGAUCCCACUGUGGAACCCUUUUCUUCUCAACUGAGGGAAUAACAGGGAGGAGGAGGAGAAAAUUUUGUUCUCAAAUUUGACUGCUAACACUGUGGAUAGAACUACAGCUGUAUAUAAACAAAUUCUGAGAAGCAGUUAACUUAGAUACCUGUCUGAAAGAUAAUCAACUUGUUGCUCCUAUUCAUGCAUACUGUACCUGUUUGAAUUAGUUGUUGUUGAAGUUGUGUAAAACCUCAUUCAGAUAAGCAAGGUUUCCUUGUGAAUAUACCUUGCUCAGGUAAAUUGGAAACUUUGCAAACUUUCUCCUGACAAGGUAAAAAACACAAGUUUUCCCAUUUACAUGACCAAGAAAGCUUGCUCUUACAAUAAAUGGAGCGGGCGUUCAAGAUUCUCUUGUACAUUAUUUUGAUCUAUCCAUACGAAUUCGCGUGUGCGGAAAUUCGGCAGCAGAAAAGUGGUCAUCUAUGAAAUUGCAAAAGGAACAUGGGUUUCUAAAACAGAACCUGACUGAAGACCUAAAUGAAAUGGUGGGUGAAUUUUUGGGGUUGCAGGCAAAUUUAAGGGCAAGCAAGACACAGAAGUGAUUGGUGCCAAAGAACUUCAUGAAUUGCUGACGUCAGGAGAUCAUGAUAGCAUAGUGUCCAGUGAUGGACUGAUGAUGAGCAACAAAGAUUUAGAGGCUCUACUGGACAGAAGCGAUCUGCAAUGUAAAGGAGCUGCAAGCAAAAAGGCCAAACAACUAUCCAAACAAAACAGCAAAAACUGUGAAUUUUUUCGUGUUGUUGAGGAUGCACCAGAUCCAUCAUGAUUAGUUUGUCUUUUUCGGCAUUGUCUGAUAUUUUUAUCACAAUUUUGUGAUGUUAAUGUCAGUUUUUGAGUCAGUUUUUCAUAUAGCAUGUGUUUCCAUUUGCGUACCAAGAAUCAGCUCUAAAAGAGAAGUGAAAUUGUGAUUAUGUGUAUUUGUUUUAAGUUGAUCGAUUGUUUCUUUUUUCUCUGCUAUGAAUGGAACUCAACAGUUCGAGUAGUGCAGCAUUUAAGCAAGUGCAAACUAAAGCAAACUGCUUAUUGCCAAUAACUGUGGGUAAGAAGGAUUAAAGGAAAAGAUCAUUGUAAACAGGAAAGAGAGGACAAGGGAGCUUUAGUAACCGCACCCGCUACUGAGUUUCAUUCUUUUCCUUCCCACAAUUUGAGUGCUUCCUUGCUUGUACAUAUAAUCAUGUAUAUUGUAUAUUCUGAAACUAAGGUUAUUGAGAGUUGUAAGCCGGUUAAAUUUAAAUAAUUG